UUGUCAAUUAAAUUUUGUAAAUAAUCUUGGUCUCAAAAAAGAAAAACACGCAAUCUCUGUUAUCGGGAAGGAAGAAGAAAAAAACUCAGCUGUUUCGGAUAACGUUGGUUUGUGUUGACAACAGCCGUCGCGAAGAAUCAACCAAAACGACGACGCAUCUCGCUGUAAGUGGCUCACUCCAUCACAUCUCAUCACUUUACCGAGAAAUGCGAAACACUUUCUCUUUCCAAUGGCUCUGAAACUCCCAUUCACUCUCCCCAUCUUCUCCUCACCCAUUGACCCGAAUCCGAAUCCGCAUCCGAACCCGCAUCCGCGUCAAUCCACCAAACUCCAUUCCUCCCGCUCCAACACCGCCAACUUCCCGGAACCCAACUUCACCGGAAAACACCGCAACAACAACAAACCAGCAAAGCCCAAAGUGAGUCCACACUCACACCCGGCGCUAAAGUUCUCCAAUAUCCCCAAACAGAAACUAAGAUCAGUUAACAAACCUCCCGAUAAUGUGAAGAUUAGCGACGACGGACUCUCAUACGUAAUUGAGGGUGCUCCGUUUGAAUUCAAGUAUAGUUACACUGAAACCCCCAAAUCGAAGCCAUUGAAAAUGCGUGAACCGGCUUUUGUUCCGUUUGGACCGGUUACUAUGCCGAGACCUUGGACCGGUCGGCCUCCGCUUCCUCCGAGUAAGAAGAAGUUGAAGGAGUUUGAUUCCUUUGUGCUUCCGCCGCCGCAUAAGAAGGGAGUUAAACCGGUUCAGUCUCCCGGUCCGUAUUUGCCGGGGACUAGCCCUAGGUAUGUUUGGUCCAGAGAAGAGAUAUUGGGUGAACCAUUGACGAAGGAGGAGAUCAAGGAGUUGGUUCAAAGCUCCUUGAAAUCUAGUCGCCAACUCAAUUUGGGUAGAGAUGGUUUCAUACAUAACAUGUUGGAUAAUAUACAUGCUCAUUGGAAGCGCAAAAGGGUGUGCAAGAUCAAGUGUAAAGGAGUGUGUACUGUUGACAUGGAUAAUGUGUGUCAGCAGUUGGAGGAAAAGACAGGAGGGAAGGUCAUUUACAGAAGCGGUGGUGUUCUUUACCUUUUUCGAGGAAGAAAUUACAAUUAUAAAACACGUCCGCGUUUUCCUCUCAUGUUGUGGAAACCCGUGCCUCCAGUAUACCCGAGGCUGAUUCAGCAAGUUCCAGAAGGUCUAACGCUAGAAGAAGCAACUGAAAUGCGUCAAAAGGGAAGGACAUUGAUUCCCAUAUACAAGCUAGGAAAAAAUGGUGUUUAUUAUAACCUUGUAAACAAUGUUAGAGAGGCAUUUGAAGAGUGUGAACUAGUACGGGUAAAUUGUCAAGGACUAAAUAAAAGCGACUAUCGAAAGAUUGGAGCAAAACUAAGGGAUCUUGUUCCGUGCACGUUGAUUUCAUAUGAAAAUGAGCAUAUACUUAUGUGGAGAGGACGAAGUUGGAAGUCCUCUUUACCAGAUCUCGGAGAUGACCGGAAGGAAGCCAAUAAAAUUGAUGUUGCCAAUGAAAAUUACCAAACACCAGAGUCAGAAGCCCUUGGUGUCUCGGCACCAACUCUACAGAGUAAUAACACAGAACCUGCAAGCAAUUUAUCACAUGACAAUAGUCAUAAGAUUGAGAUUCCAUGUCCCACCGAAAAUAGCAAGCAAUCUAUGACUGUGAUAGCCGAAACUUCACUCCCAAAAGACUACGAUGGUAGCCACAUCGAAUGCCCCUCAAAACCUAUGAAUGAUAGACAUGGAGCUGUGGAUAUAAUGGACGACAAAAGCGUCACUCACAGUCAUUCUACUUCAAUUUCAAGAGCAGGUGCAAUGGUAGGUGAUUCUGCAACAACUGAUGUCAGUCAGUUACCAAGGUCAGCUGCCCCUUGUAUGAAAGGAAUUUCAUUACUAUUGGAGCAAGCUAUUGAGCUAGGCAGUGCACUUGUUUUAGAUAAAGAUUUGUUGGAUGCAGACAAUAUUUAUCGAACCACAGUUUCCUUUGCCAAAUCAGCUCCACCUGGACCUGUUUUUAUGAAACAUAGAAAGGAGGCUGCCGUGGUUCAAAAAAGUGACAAGCAAGAAGCACCUGCACCGGCAUUGGAGACAAGAGAAACUACCACUCUUACCACAAAAGGUACGAGGGAGAAGAGGCCUAGAAUUCGAAAAGAAAAAUUUGAUGAGAGAUUUAUGAAUCUUGUUCCACACGGAACAUUAGGAGUUGAUGAACUUGCUAAACUACUAACAUGAUACUGGCUGGAAUUAUGAUGCAUUUUUUUGCCAACUGAAUCUUACUUGGUGCAUCUGUAAACGAAAAAAUGUUACUACUUUUUAUCAUAUGUUGUUACUUAGUGAAUCAUAGUAAUUUUUUAUUC